GCCACCUCGGCGGCGCCGGAGCACGUCGAGUCGUAGUUUGGAGCUAGCCACUUCUCCGUCUCGUGCAGCUCCUUACGUCGGAGCCGCCAGUGAAGCCGUCGUUGCCUCUAUCUGUUGGCCGCCGGAGCCGAUGGCCUCACCGCGAUGCCUCGAUCUCCCGCCUCAGACCGCCGCAGCCUCACCAAGCUACCCGAUCAGCGACCAGCUCCGUCCUCACUUCCGAACACAAACACACCAGCGCCGCCCUGCUUCCGCCGGCGUCGAUUAAACACUAUUGGAUUUUCAUGAUUAAUUUGUUCCUAGAAGAACCAGGCCCGAUCAAAUCUCUACCGUUCUCACGAUCAACAUGUUCGUGAAAGAGCCAGGCCCAUUGGAAACUUUUCGUUGUCUUGCAGACACUUGAUGGUCACUACUCGGCAGAAAUUCAGUGUCACAUCAACUGAAUCCUUGAAUUGUUGAUGAAACGGCAGCAUGGCAAUUGGCAACGCACAGAGCCGUUUCCAUUCCAGUAAAUGUGCGCAUAAAUCGGAUUCAUUCAUGCAGCGUUGAAACCAACCGUUUCUGCAACACGAUCUUUGUGCUGCUGCUCCACAUUCCUCUACCACCUUCUUCCUAUAAAUUUGGCCAGGCCGAAACCACAGCGUGAGCAUCUCUUGUGACAAAAAUCCUUGUGUUUCUACCUCGCCGUUGCAUCAAAAACACACAGGAGGGGGCUUCUUGCAUCAUCUGUUGCAGAAUUGCACAAGAAAGAAAAGAACAGGAAACAAAAGAAAUGGCAUCCUCCACAGUCACGUCCGUUGCCUUCUUUGUUGCCCUCACACUACUGGUGCUGUACACUGACGGUAAAUCAUCAGCAUCACCAAGCAGACGUCAUAGACAGACAUGGUGCGUCGCCAAGCCUUCAGCGGAUGAGGCUGCGCUGAGGGCCAACCUGGAGUUCGCCUGCUCCGAGAGUGACUGCAGCGCGAUCCAGGGCACCGGUGGCUGCACCCAUCCCGAGAGCAUUCUGUCGCGUGCGUCUGUGGCGAUGAACGCCUACUACCAGGCCAGGGGGAGGAACUCUUGGAACUGCUUCUUCAACGGCACCGGCCUCAUCACCAUCACUGACCCCAGUCUUGGCAGCUGCAAGUAUGUUUGAGCUGGGAGGGGUGUAGCGCAGCUGAACACUGAAUCUGAUCAAAUAAGAUUUUAGGAGCCGAGGCGUGUUCGCUUUUGUUUUUGUUUUUCCAUGUGUGAGCAGAGAGU